AUGGGAGACCAGAACGAUGAAGAGAAGGACCUUCCAACAAGUCACUCGGUGGCAGCCAGCGAAGACGCAACACACCACAUGGUUCCUAUCGAACCAACUCGCACGAGCAAUCAAAGACCGGCUUGCUUUACUUCCACCUUUCAGGAAAUCCUCUUCGUCCUGAGUGCGACUAUGGCGAUCGCGAUGACAAGCUUCCUGGCUGGAUCAGUCACCGUCACAUCCUCGUUCAUCGGAAGAUCGUGAGUCUGCUUUACAUGCCCACUUCGGCUAUGAUGAUUGCACUCUAACCAUACCUCAGAUUGGGAAUGUCGACUGCCGAAGUUACGUGGAUUGCUUCAGCCUGUUCUUUGAGCAGUGGUGCAUUCCUACUGUUCUUCGGUAGGUUAGCAGACAUGUUCGGAAGGAAAGCAAUGUUUGUUGGCUCCCUAUUCCUCUUUUCGGUCUUCUGUCUUGCCACAGGAUUUGUUCACGACGCGAUCACGAUGGAUAUCUUGAACGGAGUGCUUGGUCUCUUCAGCGCCUCUGCGGUGCCCCCGGCUGUCGGAAUCCUGGGAAACGUCUACGAAAAGCCGGGCAAACGCAAAAACGCUGCCUUCGCUUGUUUCUCGGCUGGUAAUCCAUUGGGAUUUGUCUUUGGCACAAUAUCUGGCGGCAUUGCCGCAAGUCUGUUCGGAUGGAGAGCUUCCUUCUGGCUCAUUGCUAUCAUCUUCAUGGUCUUCACAUUCAUCGCCGUUUUCAGCGUACCAAAGGACUUUGUUGACAGGGAGCCCUUGUGUUGGCAGACUGUAAAGACUUUCGACUUUGUCGGUGCCAUUCUGACGAUUGCUGGAAUCGGAAUGUUUUCUGCCGCGCUCAGUCUCGGUGACACUGCUCCGCAAGGCUGGAGAACGCCGUAUGUACUGAUCUUUCUGAUCGUCGGUCUGCUGCUCAUCGUUGCGUUCAUCUUCUGGGAAAUGAGGUUCAGCAAUCCGCUCAUGCCUAUGGAUAUAUGGAAAGACCGCAACUUCUCGCUGGUCAUGGCGAUCCUCGCACUCGGAUUCAUGUCCUUCACCCCGGUCUCGUUUUUCGCCUCGCUUUACUUCCAGAACGUGUGGCACAAGUCGGCAUUAAUGGUCGCGGUGUAUCUUUUGCCCAUGGCCAUCAAUGGCAUUAUGGUCAACAUCUUCGCUGGAUGGGCACUUCAUCGAAUCUCGAACAGGGUACUCCUGUACAUGGGAACGGUGUCAUACGCACUGGCGGCUCUCCUUUUCGCCCUCCAAAGAGCCCACGAUAGCUACUGGGCAUUCUCGUUUCCCGGCUGCAUUUUCCUUGUAGUCGGCGCGGAUCUGGAAUUCAACGUCGCUAACAUGUAUGUCAUGAGCUCGAUGGCACCCGCACAGCAGAGCACAGCCGGAGGCAUCUUCCAGACCGUGACGAAACUUUGCAUGACAAUCGGACUGGGUCUUGCUACUGCUGUCUUCAGUUCUGUGCAACAGAAUCCAUCACUGUCGCACUACUGGGACCCACGCACUCAAGCAUACGCUGCGACUUUCUGGAUAUCGUUCGCGGCAAUGGCACUCAGCGUCCUGCUUGUACCGUUUUUGACGUUGGGAACUCAGGGUGGAAAAGAAAAGAGUAUCGAGUCGACAGUGUUGCAGAGCGAGAAGGACGAGCAAGGAAAAGCAACAGAGGGAGAAGCGAUGGUCACGCAGGCGCUGCCGACCAAUGCAUGA